UACACCAACAAUACCUCUCAGAAUUGAUCCAGUUGACGGAAUCUCAAACCGCUGACUUGCACGCCGCCUUCCAAUAACACGCCGCUCUCCCCGCCACCCCCACCACCAACCACAAUCUGAUUAACGAGCUCGAACGCGAGCACGCAGAGCUAUUAGCGGAACUGACCCGCCUUCGUGAGCGCGCGACACAGUCGCUGGAUAACUUCACAAAGGAGGUGGUCCAGCCGCUCACGGCUUUGAAGGGAGAGGUAGAGGAGGCGACAAGGACAAAGACUUAUCGGCUGGGGGAGUGAUCAUUCCCCGAGGGAUGGGAAAUAUGGAGACGGCUGUGUGUAUGAAGGCGGUUGCGCAGGUGCUGAGGGUGUCGGGGUUUGGCGGGGCAGAGAAAGAGGCGUUUGAUUUGUUGGUGGAGACUUAUACUCUGUACAUGCAUGACCUUUUCAGUCGCACAAAAGCCUACACCGAAUUUGGCUUACGUACUCAACCGACGUUGAACGAUGUGCUCCUGGGGAUGGCUGACAUGGGCAUCUCGCUGCCCGGGCUCGAUGAGUAUCUCGCGUAUUGCGAAAGCAGGGGUGGGCAAUCUGAUAUCCGCAUCCCCACGCCGACCCGUAGCGAACCCGCCGAAUUGAUUCCCAUCUCGUACGAAUCGGACAACUUCACCUACAUUGAAACUGCCGCAUCUGCUACUACUGCUGCGUGCCCACAACACCUGCCACCAUUUCCCAACCCCCACACCUACAUUCACAAUGAGCUUACGGUGGAAAGCAAAGACCCAUCACAACUCCGCGCCCGAGCAGCCGCGGAGUCAAGACAGGUUGAAAUGAAUCUGACACGUUUCUUGUCUGAUGCUGCAGGGAGAAGGAAGAAUGCGCAUAACCUUCAUUUUCCACAACAACAACAAUGUGUAACAAACGCAAAAGCACCGAAGAGUGUAACUAUCGCCCUUCCCGCUGAACAACAACAAAAGCUUCGGGACCAGGCUCCGGAUCAGACACUUCCAGUGAACUAUGAGAGUGGGUGGAGGCGCAAGAGGCGGAGGAUACGGAGUGGGGAGUAGUAGAAGUAGUACUUGAGCGGGUUUGUAGAUAGGGUGGGAAAGAUCAAGAUCAAAUGGGAAAAUGGAAGCGUGGGACCGCUGGGGAAAGUUACAUUUUUGGGGAGACUAGGAGCUGCUGUAUGAGGAAUGGGUUAAGCGAAUGUGCGCUCAUGCAUCUAUGUAAAUACUCUGUGUAUCUACAGUACAGUAGUGGGAGGAACGAAGGAAGACA